AUGGAAGUCACUAGCGGUGCAGAAGAGGGGUUUGUUCGAGAAUGGACACCUUGCUCCCAUAUUUUAAAUUUAAUUCCGGCCCGUAUUCAAACUGGCAUAUUCUCCAGUGAACUGUGCUUAACAUGUGUUGAUGCAGUUAAUGAAUAUAUAGCUUUAGGCACAAAUGUGGGUUUGGUUUACUGGUAUGACCGGAAAAAAGGAAGUAUCCAGAGGCUUAGAUGUGAGGCUUCAACGACCCCCAUAACGUUUGUGAAAAUCGUGAACACCGUGGACUACAUGGUCGGCGCUGGCAAUGCCGCAGGCCAGGUCACCGUGUUCCAGAUACCGAAGGAGCAUCCAGAUAACAUUCCAGACACCUUGAAGCCUAAGGUUGAGCCUAAAGUUGAGAGGUAUACGAUAGGUGAUUUGCACAAGAGCAAAAUAACGUCGAUCGAAUGGUCGAAGAACGGGAUGCGUCUUUUUUCCGGAGACAAGAAUGGCGUGAUUAUCAUGACUGAGAUCGAUUUUUAUAUGCACCUAUGCAAGUCUAUGGAGAUAGUGAACGAGGAGUACGAAAUCGUGCAGAUGAGCUACCACCAGAACACGCUGCUGGUGUCGAGCCUGUACCGCACCAUCUUGUGCGAGCGGCGAGACUCGCGGUGGCACGUCAACCAGCUAGGCAAAAAGGAGAGGAAAAGCUUGUGUCGGCUGGGCGCAGUGUUCCAGCACUCGUACGCGCGUGGCGGCGCGGCGUGCGCGUACUGCGCGCGGCCCGGCCUGCGCGUGUGGCGCGCGGACACGCGCGGCAACGUGCUGCAUACGCUGCUGUUCAAGGAAGCAAUAUCGAACCCUCUGACGGUGGCCGAGCUCCUCAACCCGGCGCAGAAGAAGCAGCCGAUCGGCGACCACGAACCAAACUUCGGUCCCCUGCACGUGUUCCGCGAACAUUUCCUCGUGUCGUACGACGAGCGGCUGUUGUACGUGUUGGAUCCGCGCUCGCUCACCGCCGUCGCCGUGGUCGACGACUUGCGACGGAUCGUGUCGGUGUCGGUGAACAAGGAGGAGGUGUUCGUGCUGGAGGGCCCGCGCUCGCUGCUGCGACUCGCGCACGCGCCCGAGCCCGCCGCGCUCGCGCCGCACGCACAACAAGAUGAAACAGCUAACCUCAUGACAAAAUCUCUAACGACGUCGAUACAACAAGCUGUAAACACAGUCAGAGACCUAACUCACUUGGACCAGACUGUGCCGUACAUCACUAGUGUUCUAGAACAACCAAUUUCUAUCUUCACAAAGAACGAGCUCAUCGAAACGGGCACCAUAGCAAAUGCAGAGGAAUGCUUUGAAUUACCACCUAUUAAACAUUUGCCCCGAGAUAUCUCUGAUAAUGUGUUAGAAUCGAUUAUAAAUGAAUUCAAGGACGUGUCGAGCGACGCGGAGGAAAUAAGAAAGAUCAAGUCGGAAGAAUUACAGAAGAAAUUAAAACUGUAUAAUAGCAUAAUGGAGAAGAAAUAUGACGAGGAGUUGAUCCAUAGUAGUAGGAGAAGUCGGAGGAAGGAUAGCGGGUCGGGCGGGAGUACGCCGCGCCUGAGUACGCCGGUACGGAGACCUGCAGACAACGUCAGCUACACCAGCCCCUGUGUAAUGAAUAUUAGCGUUUAUGGAAACGAUUCACAAAAUGACGAUUUGCUCGAGAAGCAGAUUGAAGAGAAAGAGAAAAUACUCGCGAAAAUGCUGAACCUGGAAUCUCUUAGCAUAGCCAGCCCUAGAGUGAAGAAAGAAGCGGCCACAGAGGAAACUACAUUACAUUAUAAGUCGUACGUUGCAGAACACCCGGCAGAAGAACCAAAACAAGACCAACCCAAAACUGAAAAGACUGAAACAAAACCGGAAAACAAUAAGACGAAAGCGGAGCCAAACGUUAUAGAUUUGGUGCCGAAAGUUGUUAAACUGCCUAACAAUUGGAACCUAGAGAAUAUAGAAUUAAGGCUGGACAUGAAGAAUGGAGUUAAGGAUGUAAUAAACUUGAUCUCUCCCGACGAUCAUUUGGAUAGCGAGUGGGAAGUCAUCUGA